AUGUCUUCACUUCCAGUCGAAAUACUCGCACAAACAUUGAGUACUGACAUCGUCAGUCUCGGGCUGUCAGCUGCGACCUUUGGAGUGUUGUCUCAUGUUUCUAUCUUCCGCAGUUUACCAGUCGAGGAAUACUUGGAUCACCUCCUCAUUCUGUACGUCACGACCACUGUCGCGAUCGGAGUUGCCUACCUGUCUAUCACGGAUCUAUCAUUCAUACAAGCCUUGUUCCGUGUGGGUGUAAUUACAUCCGGCUUUAAUACAGGUCUUGCAUCGAGUAUUGGGGUUUAUCGCUUAUUUUUCCACCGUCUGCAUCGCUUCCCUGGUCCCACGCUAUCCAAGCUCUCCCGUUUCUAUGAUGCCUACCUCGCUGGAAAGAAUGUGCAAUAUAAUGUGGAACUCGAGAGACUGCACAAGACCUAUGGAGAUUUUAUUAGGACCGGACCACGUGAGAUAUGCAUCGUUCGCAAAUCAGCAAUACCACUACUCUUCUCGCCACAGUCCAAAUGCGGCAAAUCAACAUUCUACGCCCAAGCACAAACCGAGUCCAAAUACUGCAAUGUCAACCAAUCACGCGAUCAUGAUGACCACCGCAGACGUCGAAAGGCUUGGGAUCGUGGGUUCAGCGUUAAAGCUCUUGCAAUUUAUGAGCCGAUUGUCGGGGCCAAGGCAGACCAGUUCGUCUCCCACGUGGAAAAGACUCUAGGCCAAGCAAUCGAUAUCAGCACCUGGGCAAUGUUCCUCAGCUUCGACAUCAUGGGAAUCGUAGGAUUCGGAAAAGAAUUCAACAACCUCGCCACUGGAGUCGAGCAUCCAGGUAUCAAAGCCGUCCACGAUCACAUGGCUAUUGUAGGAGUCGGGGCCCAUGUUCCAUGGCUGUUGAAUAUCGCCAGUCGGAUUCCAGGCGCAGCGGCCUCGUUAGCCGAGUUUUUUAAAUGGUGCGAAGAUGAAAUCGUGCAGAAGCAGAAGACCUGGGAUGUCAAUGAGUACCCACAAGACGUGGUCUCAUGGCUAUUGAAAGCAUACGUCGAGAAAGACGUCUCGGCAGCACCUACUCCCAAUGCGCUCCAUGAGGAUUCACGCGCUUUGCUUGUUGCCGGCAGUGAUACUACGGCCACGACGCUGGCGUCAAUACUAUACUACCUCGCGAAAAAUCCUGUAAUUCUCGCUAAGCUGCAGCGGCUGUUGGAUGAGGCUAUGCCCGGUGGAUCUGGCGAGUGGUCUUACGAGAAAGCCAAGAGUGUUACCUAUCUUGAAGAUGUGAUCAACGAGACACUUCGACUGCGGCCUGUGGUGAUGGAGGGGGGAUUCCGUGUUACGCCUGCUGAAGGACUCCAAGUGGAUGAGGUUUUUAUCCCUGGAGACGUGAACGUUUUUGUCCCCACUCAGCUGAUCCAGACUGAUGAGCGCUACUACACGGAUGCCAAGGCGUUUAUUCCAGAGCGAUGGCAUGAGAAAAAGGAGAUGGUGCAGGAGGGAGCUCCUUUCUUCCCGUUCCUAAUUGGUCCUUACAUCUGUCCUGGAAAGAAUUUGGCGUUGAUGAGUCUUCGCAUUUCGGUUUCCAAGUUGGUACAGCGUUAUGAUGUUAAGUUUGCACCUGGUGAGACUGGCCAUGCUUUUGAGACUGAGACGCUGGAUACAUUCACAACUACGCUGCCACCGUUGCAGAUCCAAUUUCAGCGGCGAUGA